AUGGAGGGAUAUGCAACCCUUGGUCGGACCUCAGAAUAUGACCCACUGGCUGGAAAUCCAGGAUGGAAAAAGAAUGGAGCAGGACUGAUGGUCAACAGCCGAUUCGGGUUUGGGCUACUCAGUGCCAAUGCCUUGGUGGAUUUAGCUGAUCCCAAGAGAUGGAAAAGUGUACCAGAAAAGAGAGAGUGCAUUGUCAAAGACAAGAGCUUUGAACCCAGAUUAUUAAGAGCAAAUGAAGAAGUCAUUAUUGAAAUUCCCACAAAAGCCUGCGAGGGCCAAGAGAACUCCAUUGCAUCUCUGGAGCACGUGCAGCUCGAGGCAACAAUUGAGUAUUCCCGUAGAGGUGAUCUGCAUGUCUCUCUGAUUUCUCCAUCAGGGACCAGCACUGUCUUACUGGCUGAGAGAGAGAGGGACAAAUCUCCCAAUGGAUUCAAGAACUGGGACUUCAUGUCUGUCCACACGUGGGGGGAAAAUCCAGCAGGCACCUGGAUUUUAAGAAUUACUGAUAUGUCCAGGCGAAUACAAAAUGAGGGGAGGAUUGUAAACUGGAAAUUGAUUUUGCAUGGCACUGCUACCCAGCCCGAGCACAUGAAGCAGCCACGUGUGUAUACAUCCUACAAUGCUGUGCAGAAUGACAGAAGAGGAGUGGAGAAGAUGACGGAUCUUGUGGAGGACCAUACCACACUGGAGAGCCUGAGUGAAAAACCCAAGGCCACAGAAGACAGCAGCAGUGACAAAGCAGAAGAUAAAACCCCUUCAGAAGCCAUGCUGCAUUUACUGCAAGGUGCUUUUAGCAGGCAGAUGGAUCAGAAGCAGCUGCCAAAGAAGACUGCAAGCGAGAAGUUAAACAUUCCAUACGAACACUUCUAUCAAGCCCUCAGAAAAUUGAACAAGCCCUCCCAGUUAAGAGGCUCAGAAGAAAGUCUGUACAGUGACUACGUUGAUCUUUUUUACAAUGCCAAACCUUACAAGCAUAGAGAUGAUAGACUGCUGCAAGCGUUGGUUGUUAUCAUAAAUGAGGGAAAUUAACUGUAGGGCAUGGCACUGAGUUGGAAAUAUUCGUUCUCCCCACCUGUAGUUUUUUUUCCAAAGUCUGUGUACGCUCUAGUUGUGUGAUUGCUGCUUUGAUUGCUUCAUAUUUAAUACAAAUAUCAAGG